AUGCCGCGCAAGUGCGACCCGUUCCGCAAGUGGUACCAGGGCGAGGCCAUAGCCGGCUUUAACUACGUCAAGAACCGGAGGGUCAACACGAUCGUGCUGACGUCCAUGUUCGAGACGCCGGGCUUUCCGGAGGACGUCGGCAAGGUGUCCAGCUUCACCAGGGUUGACCCGAAGUUGGGCACUGCUGGCGACUUCCUGAACCUCGUUUCGGACGCUCACGCCAUGGACCCUGCACGUGGUGCAUGGCGUGGACGGCUUCAUACUGCUGACCUGGAGACGGUGGUGAACAGCGUGGACGUGGAGGCGCUGGCGCAGGAUGUCCGCAAUCUGCUGGAUCGCUACACGGUCGGCAUGGAGGACCGCAUCCUGAUCGUGCCAAUCGAGCUGCUGAAGGCGCUGAAGGACCACGACCGACAUAACGCCACCAAGGUGCUCCACCGGAUCGACCUGCUGGACUGCCAGCUGCACAUCCAGGACCAGAGUCCGCAGGAGAUCGCCGACCAAAUCAGCGAGAUCAUGUCGUGGGACGAGUCGUCGGACACGCCCUGGUUCAACUGGCGGCUGGCGUCCGCGGACAUGACUCGCCUCUCGCGCCGGCUGGGCCGCAACCACACGGUGGGCGCCACCGUGCUGCAGAGCCUGCUGCCCGGCACGGUCACGUUGCUGUACGGCGACGAGGUCUGCCUGAUGGAGGCCGAGCCGCAGGAGAACCAGACGCUGCCCGGCCUGGGCAUCAUGCCCUGGUCGGAUGACGUCACGUCGGCCGACUUCUCGCUGAGCUGGCGGCUGCCGUGGCGACCGCUGCCGGCAGACCACGCCCUCUUCAACGCCGCCAGCCAGCAGAACAUCACCGUGCAGUCGGUCCGGCUGGCCCUGGGCGUGCACCGCUCGGCCGUGCCCGUCUACGUCAACGGCAUAUUCAACUCGAUCGGAGACUUCAACCCACGCCGCUCGUCCAACCUCAAGGUGCGCUACGUGGACGAGGCGGUGAUCGUGCUGGACCGGUUCUACCCGCGCCAGCCGCGCUGGUGCGCCAUCUUCAACACGGCCGAGCGGCCGGUGACACGGGACCUCAGCCACAUCUUCUUCCGCGGCCUCGUCAUGGCCAGCUCCACCGGCGACAAGCAGGGCUUCAUCCGCUUCAAGGAGCUGCGCCUGGAGGCCGGCGAGGGCCUGCUGGUCAAGCUGGACCGCUGAGCGCCGCCGGGGGUCAACGGCGUGGGGAACCGAGCGCCGGCGCCGCCGGUCUGGCGGACAGGCCGGCCGCCGGCCACCUGCGGCUGGCGAGCAGCGCGGCCGCGUCUGUUCGCAGACGUGGGAGGCCUGGCGUCGAAGGCACCAGGCCUUUCCCUCCCCAAGAAGGCCUAACCCACCGAAUCGAUGGGCGCGCGUGUGAUCACGUUUCGAGCCGUUCACCUUUGCUGAGUGUGCGUGUGUGUGUGUGGCUUGCGUACAGCGGGAAGCGACAUGGAGCGCAUAGCGCCAGCAGAACAUUCGCCAUCGGCGCGCACUUGACUAGUCAUGCCCACCGAGUUGGCGCCUGGCGCCCAAGCAGCACGGUAUUGUUAGAACAUCUUGUUUAUUCUCGCAUGUUGACGUUACAUAACAAGCACGGCUCGCCAAGCCGGAUACCAAUACAUCGGGUUUGCCUGGGCACCAGUGGGCGGCACCUCACACAUGACGUUGGCAGGAUUCCGCGAAACAGUCAAUACCUGACACUCGCCUGCCAUGACAGCGGCAGAGGUUAGAGCUAUCACGACCCUGCACCGUAUUUGAUUAGACUUCUGUCCGACCAGACACUAUCACUUCUCUUCUCGGGCCCAGGCAGGGGCCUCUUGGG